AUGUCCGGAAUCAGCAAGGCUUGUUGCUCUAUCCCCCCUGUCGUAUCUAAGGGAUACCAGGCCAAGGGCUCCUACCAGACUAUCAAUGGCUUGAAGACAUACGUUACUGGCCCUGAGACUGCCACCAAGGCUAUCUUGCUUGUCUACGACAUCUUCGGCUUCUUCGACCAAACCAUCCAGGGCGCCGAUAUCCUCGCCAACUCCGCCGAGCAGAAAUACAAAGUCUUCAUCCCCGAUUUCUUCGAGGGCAGUCCCGCCGAUAUCUCCUGGUACCCACCAACCACAGACGAGCACAAGAAGCUCCUCGGCGAAUUCUUCUCCACCAAAGCCGCCCCGCCCAACAGCCUGCCUAAGAUCCCUAAGAUUGUCGAGCAGGCUAAUGCCCUCGCUCCCAACGGUGCCUUUGACUGGUCUAUUCUCGGCUUCUGCUGGGGUGGAAAGAUCGCUGCGCUCUCUGUUGCGGGUGAUAAUCAGAUCUUCAAGGCUGGUGCUCAGUGUCACCCUGCUAUGGUUGAUCCUAAUGAUGCAAAGACUAUUAAGGUCCCCUUUGCUGUGUUGGCUUCGAAGGAUGAGCCUGCUGCUGAUGUUGAGGCUUUCAAGGCUAAUUUGAAUGUUCCUACUCAUGUCGAGACUUUUGGAACUCAGAUUCAUGGCUGGAUGGCUGCGAGGUCGAAUUUGGAUGAUGAGGAGAAUAAGAAGGAGUAUGAGCGUGGCUAUAAGACUAUUCUUCAAUUCUUUGGGCAGCAUGCGUAA